AUGUCUUUGGUAACACAGGGCCACGAUUUGGACGCAUCAGUAGAUUACCUCGUUAGUAUUCUACACAAGCCUGGCUUUAGCGGCAAAAUCCAACACAUUUUGAGCAACUUGGUGUACUAUGUACCGCGACUACGCACACAUAGAAAAUUGGAACAGCUUGUUGUGGCUAUGCUGGAAUCAGCCAUAUGGCCAGUAGCUAUUGAUGGCGACUGGAUUAUUUUGCAGGAAACAGCAGAAGCUAUUUUUUCGUGGAAACUUGAAAUCUCAGAGCCCGUCAUUGAUGUAGCGGAGUUUUACGAAGUUUGGGAUCGUGCCAUUAGAAAUUGUCGAGCUUGGACCGUGGCAAAACUGACAAUUAUUGCGGGGAUACUUAACACCAGAACUAAAUUUGAGGACUUGCAAACUAGGUUUUUCCUGGACGCUCCAAGCUCCGUAUCGCGGAAAUAUCUGGAUUGGAAAUACAAAUUCUUUAUGCCUCUUUGGCAACAGCUAUUUACAGUAAGUCUGAGGAAUGCACCAAUUGAGGCAGAACAUUUGGCGGUUUUUAUGUCGCAGCUUUUUGAGAUACGAGACGUCAAGAAAAUCUCUGGUGACCUGUUGGCUCCCGUUCUACUGCAUUUGUCGCUGGCUUACGUCAAAGGCCCCAACGCAAGCCCUCGUUUUGUGUCCAAAAACUUGGGAAGCAUCGCCAAAACGUUGGAAGCAACGCUACCAAAUGUUGACGUGGGGCUUGCCAAUGAAACAUUGAAUUCCGUUUGUGCAACCGCGUUUGAUAUUUCGUUGCGCGAAAUGCACGCUCCCAAAGCCAACUAUUCCUCUCAAACCCAUUCGAACCAGCUUCUCACAGUCGUUUUGAUUCUUCGAGGAUGCCUGCUUCGCUCAAAGACUCCGCGAGGUUGGUAUAAUCAGGCCAUAAUUUCCCUAUUUUACAUGGACUUCAUUGCACAGGAUUUUGGAAAAGCAGGGUUUCAGUCGUACGAGUACAUCUACAAUGUGAGCUCAGCAGCUUGUACUAUUGGCAUCGCCCAAUACUACUGCUGUCUGAGCGUAAUGCGCGGAAAUAUUUGGCCUUCGCACGAGAGCAACGUCGUCAAUACCAGCCGGAUCUUAUUCCUACUAAAUUUUCUGGAGUCUUCUUUGGGCCUGGUCCCCAUUGCACCGGAUUUUCUCGAUGACUAUGUCGUUCCCGUUCUAUCUCGUUAUGGAGCGUCAUCGAAUACCUCUAUCUGCGAGGCUGCGCAGGCUGCACAGCUAUGUCUCUAUUCCAACAACUCAAGUGGGAAAUUUCUGCAGGUUUGGAAAGCAGCGCACUACCAGGAUUUUCUACAGCAAUCAAUCCAUCAGUAUUUGGGCGGCGUUUUGUCGUCGAGCCAACUUGUUCAUAUUUUUGCAGCGAUCUCCCAAGAUAUUCCUUUACUGAGCCAGGCGAAUCCUGACAUUUCUCGCGAAAUUCUGCACUACACAUACCUGCGCAUUUUAAACUGCCGCGAUGAGCAUCCCGAGGUGAUCUCGACACUAAUACUGUGUCUGAUCAAACAGCUUUCCCACAUACAAAGCAACUACACUACAGACUGGCUGGAAAAUUGUGUCGAAUUAAUCCAAUUGUGUCCCUCCCAGAAGGAAAAGGUUCUCGAUGGUCUAUGGAAACAGAUAACCUCAAGCAGGCUGCCAGAUGAUCGUGCCUUGAAUUGGUUUUUGAACAACCAAUCCAAGCUAUAA